AUGGCUGCAGCAAUUGAAGCGCCGAUUACUAUGUCGAAGAUAGGACUAACCAAGCGUCGUAAGAUAUAUGCCACCUCAGAAGAGCGCAAGCAGCGCAAUAGACAGGCGCAAGCCGCCUUCCGUGAGCGACGGACAGAGUAUAUCAAGCAGUUGGAGAGCACCAUAAAGCACCAUGAGGAUACCCUGCAGAACCUGCAGAACAGUCACCGCAACGCCGCCGACGAAUGCCUUAUGCUCCGGUAUAAGAAUUCUCUACUUGAGAGGAUUCUGCUAGAGAAAGGUAUCGACGUCCAGGCCGAGCUGCGCGCGAAGACUGGCAGUCCAAACCUGGGGCCGACCAGAGCCCCAGCGUCUGCACACACCUCGCCUAACCAGGCGCCUCUCCAACAACGUGCUAUAUUGAACAGACAACAGCAGAGGCGGUCGCUGCAAGGCCCGCCCAAGGUUGAUAACAUCAAUGGGUUGCCCAUGAUACAGCCAGAUGGGCCGAUUCAGCGUUCACCACUGUCGCAACCCACUCCUGGCUCACAUAUGUCGUCGCCUGCUCAAUCAGCAACGCGCUCGCCCAGCUUCAUACCUCACGGUCAAUCAGUGUCUCCCAACUUUGGGCCCAUCCCUCCACAGCAGCAACAGCAACAGCAACAGCAGCAGCCGCUACGGCCACAGCCGCCCAGAUCAAACUUCACCCCCAUGAUGAAUGCUCAGAGACCUUCUCCGCUUGUAACGAACCAACCCGUAUCCAAUGGCAUGACAAGCGCGUCUACCGUUGGCAGCAACGGAAACGGCAUAACUCAGAGCAGUGGUCCUUCGUCUUUCUACCAGACUCAAUUCACAGACCACAUGAGUCAACUUGGCAAGCUGACCCAACAGGAGUACGAGGAACAAGCCGACUCCUACAACGACCACGACGACCCGAGCGACCACUCCGCUGGCCCCGGCCCGUUCCCGCAGCAGAACUUCCCACCUUCGAACAACAUGCCACCACCGAUGCCGCCCUCGCAGAACCCUCCCUUCACGAGUCCAGCAGCGCUAGCACCCAACGACGGGGGCCACAACUUCAACAGCAUGAGCAACAACCACCUGUUCGACCAGUACGACCCGAUGCUCGACGCCGACCCUUUCGGACUUUCGGCCAGCAUGCACUUCCCUACAAUGUAUGAGAAACAUUUACGAGCUGCUGGGUAUGUCGCAGCCGCACAGCACAGUCCUGGAACAUUCACUCAUGACCCCGCAGGCAAUGACCCCGAGCUCGACCCCGACAGGCCGGCUGACCCACCGACGAGGGCAAUUGAGAAGCCCGUUAUGAGGCACGGCAAGCGCGAUGGAACCGACGCCCCCAAGCCUGUGCCCGAGAGGCUGAGCCACCAGAACCGUGCCAAGCAGACCGACAACGCCAACGAGAACGCAUUCCGGGAUCGCGGCGUCGGCUCUGACAAGAACCGUGGAAGGGGAUCUGGCGAGCCUACUGGCACCUCAUCUCGUGGUCGCGGCCGUGGUCGUGGUGGACGCGCAGGAGGCCGCGGUGGUGUUGCUCGUGCCGAGGGUGACCGUCAUAGCAGGACCGGCAUUGCCGAACACGACAAGCAGGCCGCACACGGCUGGGGCGGAAACGAUGGCAACGCUGAGCUCGCUGACGAGCAGGCUGGCGAGGCCAUUGCCCAGGCUGAAGAGAAGGACGCCAUCAAGGAGGAUGCUGAGGACGCCGCCGAGGCCGAGCCUGAGGACAAGAGCAAGUCUUACACCGCUUACCUCGCCGAGUUGGCCGAGAGGAAGCUCUCUCUUGCCGCUCAGAACGUCCGCAAGCCCAACGAGGGCAGCAGCAAGAAGUUCCCCGAGGGCACUGCUCUCUCCCGUGAGGAGCAAGAAGACUUCAUGGCCGGUGCCCAAGGCAAGGCCAAGCGUGAGCGCGCCCGCAAGGAGAAGGUCCACGUUGAGCUCGACGGCGACCGCAUGCUUGCUCCCCCUCCUCGUGAGGGCGGUAGCCGAGGAGGACGCGGCCGUGGCCGUGGCGAGUUCCGCGGUGAGGGUCGUGGCCGUGGCGGUGAAUCCCGCGGCGAGGGACGUGGUCGCGGCGAAGGUCGUGGCGAGUUCCGCGGACGUGGCCGUGGUGGUGAGGGUCGUGGACGUGGCGAGGGCCGUGGUCGUGGAGGCCGCGGUGGUGCCCCGUCCAACAUCAACAUCACCGAUUCCAGCGCCUUCCCCAGCCUGGGCGCAUAG